CAAGUCGUUCCAAGACUAAAAAGACAUUUUUAAAGAAAAGACAAGCCAAGAAAUCUUUCACCUGCACUCAGUGUGGGAAGAGUCUCACAACCAAACAAAUGUUUCAUCGUCACAUCAGAGUUCACACCGGAGAGAAGCCGUUCACAUGUGAUCAGUGUAAAAAGAGUUUCCCAUACAGACAAAGUCUUGUGCGUCACAUGAAGAUCCACACUGGAGAGAAGCUGUUUUCUUGUGAUCAGUGCGGCAAAUCAUUUCUUAGGGCAUCACACCUAAAGACGCACCUGAGUGUUCAUACGAUGGAGAAGCCGUAUUCAUGUUCUGUGUGUGGAAAGAGUUUUUCACUGCUGAAAACUUUACAUAGACAUGAGAAAACUCACACUGGCGUGAGAGAGUACGUGUGCUUUGAGUGUGAGAAGACUUUUACUACAGCGGACAUAUUAAAACUGCAUCAGAGAAUUCACACUGGAGAAAAACCUUACAAGUGUUCACACUGCGACAAGACAUUCAAUCGAUCAACAAAUAUGAAAACACACGAGAGGAUCCACACUGGAGAGAAACUACACACAUGUGAUCAGUGUGGGAUGAGUUUCUCUAUUAUAAGUAAACUGAAGCUACACAUGAGGAUCCACACCGGAGAGAAGCCGUUCUCAUGUGAUCAAUGUGGGAAGAGUUUCAGUCAAUCAUCAUCCCUUAAUGUUCACAUGAGGAUCCACACUGGAGAGAAGCCGUUCUCAUGUGAUCAGUGCGGCAAAACAUUUCUUAGGGCAUCAGAGCUGAAGACACACCUGAGAGUUCAUACGAAGGAGAAGCCGUAUUCAUGUUCUGUGUGUGGAAAGAGUUUUUCACUGCUUCAAACUUUACAUACACAUGAGAAAACUCACACUGGUGUGAGAGAGUACAUGUGCUUUGAGUGUGAGAAGACUUUUACUACAGCGGGCAAUUUAAAACACCACGAGAGGAUUCACACUGGAGAAAAACCUUACAAGUGUUCACACUGCGACAAGACAUUCAGUCUGUCUUCAUCUGUGAAAACACAUGAGAUGAUCCACACUGGAGAAAAACCUUACAAGUGUUUACACUGCGACAAGAGAUUCAAUCAAUCAUCAUCUCGGAAAAAACAUGAGAGGAUCCACACUAGAGAGAAGCCGUUCACAUGUGAUCAGUGUGGGAAGAGUUUCAGUCAAUCAUCAUCCCUUAAAAAACACACGAGGAUCCACACCGGAGAGAAACCGUUCUCAUGUGAUCAGUGCGGAAAGAGUUUCAGUCAAUCUCCACACCUUAAUGCUCACAUGAUGAUCCACACCGGAGAGAAGCCGUUCACAUGUGAUCAGUGUGGGAAGAGUUUCACUCAAUCUCCACACCUUAACGCUCACAUGAUGAUCCACACCGGAGAGAAGCCGUUCACAUGUGAUCAGUGCGGGAAGAGAUUCAGUCAAUCUUCAUCCCUUAAUGUUCACAUGAUGAUCCACACCGGAGAGAAGCCGUAUUCAUGUUCUGUGUGUGGAAAGAGUUUUUCACUGCUGCAAACUUUACACGGACAUCAGAAAACUCACACUGGUGUGAGAAAUUACAUGUGCUUUGAGUGUGAGAAGACUUUUAUUACAUCGGCCAAUUUAAAACAGCACCAGAGAAUUCACACUGGAGAAAAACCUUACAAGUGUUCACACUGCGACAAGAGAUUCAGUCAGGCAUCAUCUCUGAGAAGACAUGAGAGGAUCCACACUGGAGAAAAACCUCUGGAGAAGUGAUCCUUUGAUACUUUACCACCUCCGUGUGACAACGGCUCAUUUGAACCGCAUUUAAUCACCAUCACGAGUCCCAUUACAAUCCAUUUUGUUAUUGUUUAUCGUUGGAUUUCCUGCAUGGGGUUCAGGCUGAAUGACUGAAGAAACGUUGUCACCGAGAUGGUCAAAAACUGUAAAUGUCUUGUCCAUUACCACCCUCUACUUAUAACUUAUUCCAAUGACGGAAAUAAGCACAGUUAAAAUAUCUUAAAGGAUUAGUCCACCUCAAAAUGAGAAUUUCCUGAUAAUUUACUCGCCCCAUGCCAUCCAAGAUGUCUAUCUUUCUUAAGUAGAAAGUAAAUUAAUGUCAAUAAUAAAUAAUAGUCAAUUAAAAUUCAGAAUUUUUCUCCACACAAAUGGACUUCAAGUCUAAAUCAAUGCAGUUUUUCCAACGUGAUGAAUGUAAUGCCUGGUGCGAUGCAGACCAGCACAAGACAAACAAUUGUGCUUAAAAAGUAUAAAAUUCUAAUUUAUUUUGUGUUUAGAAACGAAUGACCGAUCAUUUCGUUGGAUGAGCCCCUAUUCCACAUCAGCCAUUUGAAGCACUUUAAUAUGAAAGCAUAUGGGCAUCAAUUUUCAAUAUGAGAUGUAAUAUGUAAAAUGGCGAUGCAUUUCUGAAUUUUCCCAUCAUUUGGGCAAAGUUUGUUACAAAAUGAAAAUAGUUCAAUUAUGUAAUUUACAUUUGCCAUUUCAUACACUAGUUAUAAUAUGCACACUCACCUAAAGGAUUAUUAGG